AAAAGGGGGAGUUCGCGGCCGGUGGCGGCGGUAGCUACCGCGGCGACCUGGGGAUCGAGCUGGAGGGACUAGGGGAGCGUGCAGAGACCUCUAACUCGAGCGCGAGAGCCCUCUCGCUGGGAUGCCUGGGGAGCAGAUGGACCCUACUGGAAGUCAGUUGGAUUCAGAUUUCUCUCAGCAAGAUACUCCUUGCCUGAUAAUUGAAGAUUCUCAGCCUGAAAGCCAGGUUCUAGAAGAUGAUUCUGAUUCUCAUUUCAGUAUGCUGUCUCGACACCUUCCUAAUCUACAGACACACAAAGAAAACCCUGUGUUGGAUGUUGUUCCCAAUCCUGAACAAACAGCAGAAGAAGAACAUGAAGACAGUAAAAGUGGGUUCAAUGAACAGUUGAAAGAAAACAAGCCUUCAGACCCUGUGGAUUCUCCUCGUUUGGACACAUGUGGUUCUGUCAGUCAGGUCAUUGAACAGUUGCCUCAGCCAAACAGGACAAGCAGUGUUCUGGGAACAUCAGUGGAAUCUGUUCCUGCUGUGGGGAAAGAGAAAGAAGAGCAAGAGGUGGAAGAAGAGGAGAAAAAGGAGAAAGAAGAUACUCCAGAUGGUACUACACACUCCCUUGGUGCUGAAGAUCCUGCUUCAUCACAGUUGGACUUUGGGGUUCUGGAACUCUCCCAGAGCCAGGAUGUUGAACAUACAUAUGGAGUGGACAAAGAGCAUGCACAGUCAGUAACCACCAACCCUGGUUACACCAGGCUAUCUGCUGUGGAUGCUGAUAGUGCAAAUAAGCAUGAAGAACAGUCUAAUGAAAAUAACCCCAUGGCUGGACAGCUGAGCAAGGAUGUCCCCACUACAGGACAGCCCAGUGAGGAUGUACACGUGGUAGAAGAGCAAAAUCCACCACCUACAAGGUCAGAGGACAUGUCUUCUAGUCCCAGAGUUCCUCUUGCUGCUGUGGAAACUAAAGAACAAAUGUCUGCUCAAGAACUUCUGGAAGGUGAACUGCAGAUUCAAAAGUCACCAGAGCCUGAGGUUUUCUCAACUCAGGAAGACUUGUUUGAGCAGAGAAAUAAAAGAGUAGCCUCUGAUGGUUGCUCUACUCCUUCAAAGGAGGAAGGCGUAUGUUCCUUGGCCUCCACACCUGCUACUACUCUGCACCUUCUGCAGCUCUCUGGCCAGAGGUCCCUUGUUCAGGAUAGUCUUUCCACGAAUUCCUCAGAUCUCGUUGCUCCUUCCCCUGAUGCUUUCCGAUCUACCCCUUUUAUCGUUCCUAGCAGUCCCACAGAGCAAGAAGGGAGAAGAGAUGAGCCAAUGGACAUGUCAGUACUGUCUGAGGAAGGAGGAGAACCUUUUCAGAAGAAACUCCGAGAUGAUGGGCCAGUGGAGAUAGAAAACCCCCCUCUCCCUUCUGAGCCCACUGUAUCACCACAAGCCUCAACACCAGUAUCUCAGAGCACACCAGUCUCCACUCCUGGGCCACUUUCUGUCCCAUCCCAGCCUGAGUUUUCUCAUGACAUCUUCAUUCCAUCUCCGAGUUUGGAAGAGCAUUCAAAUGCUGGGAAUAAAGGUGAUUUGCAUAGUUCAUCUUUGACUGUUGAAUGUUCUAAAACCUCAGAGAUUGAACCAAAGAAUUCUACUGAGGAUCUUGGAUUGUCUUUGACAGGGGAUUCUUGCAAGUUGAUGCUUUCUACAAGUGAGUGUAGUCAGUCCCCAAAGAUGGAGAGCUUGAGUUCUCAUAAGAUUGAUGAAGAUGGAGAAAACACACAGAUUGAGGAUACUGAACCUGUGUCUCCAGUCCUCAAUUCUAAACUUGUUCCCACUGAUAAUGACAGUAUCCUGAUGAAUCAGACACAGGAUGACCAAGUAGAUCUGGAUCAAAAUGAUGAGAAAACAAAGGGGGAUGAAAUAGAGACCAGAGAUGACAUUAGUAUUUUAGCCACUGGCUGUAAAGGCAGAGAAGAGACUGUAGCAGAAGAUGUUUGUAUUGAUCUCACUUGUGAUUCUGGGAGUCAGGCAGUUCCUUCUCCAGCUACUCGAUCUGAGGCACUUUCUAGUGUUUUAGAUCAGGAGGAAGCAAUGGAAAUUAAAGAACACCAUCCAGAGGAGGGGUCUUCAGGAUCUGAGGUGGAAGAAAUCCCUGAGACUCCUUGUGAAAGUCAAGGAGAGGAACCUUUAGAAGAAAAUAAGGAGAGUGUUCCAUUGCACCUUUCUUUGACAGAAACUCAGUCUCAGGGAUUGUGUCUUCAAAAGGAAAUCCCAAAUCAAGGAUGCCAGGAAGCUAUGGAUGUUGAAACCAGUGUCAUUAGUAUUGAUUCCCCUCAAAAGCUGCCAGUACUUGACCAGGAAUUGGAACACAAGGAUCAGGAAGCUUGGGAAGAAGACACUUCAGAGGACUCGAGUGUUGUCAUUGUAGAUGUGAAGGAUCCAUCCCCCAGAGUUGAUGUUUCUUCUGAACCUUUGGAGGGAGUGGAGAAAUGCUCAGAUUCCCAGUCUUGGGAGGAUGUUGCUCCAGAAAUUGAACCUUGUGCUGAGACUAGACCAAAUUUCCAGGAAGAAAAGAGUAUGGAAUAUGAAGGAGAUCUGAAAUCAGUAACUGCAGAAAAGGAACCUAUAGGAGAAAACUCUCCACAUUCAAGACCUGAGCAGGACCUGCAGCAACUUCGACCUCAAGAGAAAACAGAUAACUCAUUAAUAGAAGACUCAAAAGUGGUUGUUACAAAGCAGUUGGGCUCAGGGGUAGAGGAUCAGCAGUGGGAGAAGACCUCUGCCCAUGCCUCACAAAGCUUCUGUGAAAGCUCUAGUGAAACACCAUUUCAUUUCACUUUGCCUAAAGUUGGUGAUAUUAUCCCACCCUUGACUGAUGCAACCCCACCUCUGAUUGGGCACCUUAAAUUGGAGCCCAAGAGACACAGUACUCCUAUUGAUAUCAGCAACUAUCCAGAAAGUACUGUAGCAGCCAGUGAUGUCAUGUCUGAAAGCAUGGUGGAGACCAACGAUCCUAUACUUAGGAAUGCAAAAGAGGACUCUGGGGCUGCCCCAGAAGCAGAUGAUAAAUUGUGUCUAAGAAUGAAACUGGUCAGUCCUGAAACUGAGACAAGUGAAGAGUCUUUACAGUUUAACUUGGAAAAGCCUGUAACUGGUGAAAGAAAAAAUGGAUCCACUGCUGUUGCUGAGGCUGUUGCCAGUCCCCAGAAGACUACAUCUGUAUUUAGCUGCAUCUGUGAAGCCCAGCAAGAAGAUGAGGCUCAAAGUCAGGAUUCCUCUUCCACGUCCACCAGGGGAAACUUGCUUCAUUUUCCGAGUACUCAGGAAGAAGAGAAGGAAAAAUUGCCUGACCAAAGGACCAGGCAGAGUCAACAGCUUAUGAAGCCCAUUAGCCCUGGCAAGGACCCUGCUUCUCCUUCCUCCCAACAGAUGGCAACACAGGGGCCAUCUAGUCCUCAAGGAGAACCAAUGGAGACAGAUGUGUUAGAUGGCAAGAAAGAAGGACGGAAUGCCUAUCAGGAAAAACUUAGUAAGGCCCUGUUUGAAAGGCCGAGCUUAAAUAACAUAGGAAUCCAGACCAUAGACCGUUCUUUAUGGGUUCCAGAAACUGUUUCAGCAGCAACCCAGACUGUAAAAAAUGUGUGUGAGCAGGGGACCAGUACAGUGGACCAGAACGCUGGAAAACAAGAUGCUAUAGUUCAGACUGACAGAGGGGGUGGUGAGAAACCAUCCAGUGCUCCUGGGGAUGAUACAGAGUCGCUCCAUAGCCAGGGAGAGGAAGAGUUUGAUAUGCCUCAGCCUCCACAUGGCCAUGUCCUGCAUCGCCACAUGAGAACAAUUCGUGAAGUGCGCACAGUUGUCACACGUGUCAUCACAGAUGUUUAUUAUGUGGAUGGAACAGAAGUAGAAAGAAAAGUAACUGAGGAAUCUGAAGAGCCAGUUGUAGAGUGUCAGGAGUGUGAAACCGAAGUUUCUGCUUCACAGACUGGGGGCUCCUCAGGUGACCUGGGGGAUAUCAGCUCUUUCUCCUCCAAGGCAUCCAGCUUACACCGCACCUCAAGUGGGACGAGUCUCUCAGCCAUGCACAGCAGUGGCAGCUCAGGGAGAGGAGCCGGACCACUCAAAGGGAAAACCAGCGGGACCGAACCCGCAGAUUUUGCCUUACCCAGCUCUCGAGGAGGCCCAGGAAAACUGAGUCCUAGAAAAGGGGUCAGUCAGACAGGGGCGCCAGUGUGUGAGGAGGAUGGUGAUGCAGGCCUUGGCAUCAGACAGGGAGGGAAGGCUCCAGUCACACCUCGUGGGCGCGGGCGAAGGGGCCGCCCGCCUUCUCGGACCACUGGAACCAGAGAAACAGCUGUGCCUGGCCCCUUGGGCAUAGAGGACAUUUCACCCAGCAUGUCACCAGAUGAUAAAUCUUUCACUCGUAUUGUGUCCCGAGUGCCAGAUUCCACCAGACGAGCAGACAUGGGUGCUGGUGCUUUACGUCGUAGCGACUCUCCAGAGAUUCCUUUCCAGGCUUCUGCUGGCCCCUCUGAUGGCUUAGAUGCUUCCUCUCCAGGGAACAGCUUUGUAGGGCUCCGUGUUGUAGCCAAGUGGUCAUCCAAUGGCUAUUUUUACUCUGGGAAAAUCACACGAGAUGUUGGAGCUGGGAAGUAUAAAUUGCUCUUUGAUGAUGGGUACGAGUGUGAUGUGUUGGGCAAAGACAUUCUGUUGUGUGACCCCAUCCCACUGGAUACUGAAGUGACAGCCCUUUCGGAGGAUGAGUAUUUCAGUGCAGGAGUGGUGAAAGGACAUAGGAAAGAAUCUGGGGAGCUGUACUAUAGUAUUGAGAAAGAAGGCCAGAGGAAGUGGUAUAAGCGAAUGGCUGUCAUCCUGUCUUUGGAGCAAGGAAACAGACUGAGAGAACAGUAUGGACUUGGCCCUUAUGAGGCAGUAACGCCCCUCACCAAGGCAGCAGAUAUCAGCUUAGACAAUUUGGUGGAAGGGAAGCGGAAACGGCGCACUAACAACAGCUCCCCAGCCACCCCCACCGCCUCCAGCAGCAGCAGCACAACCCCUCCCCGAAAGACCACAGAAAGCCCUCGUGUCUCAAUGGGAGUUCUCUCAGGCAAAAGAAAACUUAUAACUUCUGAAGAGGAACGGUCCCCUGCUAAACGAGGUCGGAAGUCUGCCACUGUGAAACCUGGUGCAGUAGGGGCAGGAGAGUUUGUAAGCCCAUGUGAGAGUGGAGACAACACAGGUGAACCCUCUGCCCUGGAAGAGCAGAAAGGGCCUUUGCCCCUCAACAAGACCUUGUUUCUGGGCUAUGCCUUUCUCCUCACCAUGGCUACAACCAGUGAUAAAUUGGCCAGCCGCUCCAAACUGCCAGAUGGUCCAACAGGAAGCAGUGAAGAGGAGGAGGAAUUUUUAGAAAUUCCUCCUUUCAACAAGCAGUACACAGAAUCCCAGCUUCGAGCAGGAGCUGGUUAUAUCCUUGAAGACUUCAAUGAAGCCCAGUGUAACACAGCCUACCAGUGUCUACUAAUUGCAGAUCAGCAUUGUCGAACCCGGAAGUACUUCCUGUGCCUUGCCAGUGGGAUUCCUUGUGUGUCUCAUGUCUGGGUCCAUGACAGUUGCCAUGCCAACCAGCUCCAGAACUACCGCAAUUAUCUGUUGCCAGCUGGUUAUAGCCUUGAGGAGCAAAGAAUUCUGGAUUGGCAACCCCGUGAUAACCCUUUCCAGAAUCUGAAGGUACUCUUGGUAUCAGACCAACAGCAGAACUUCCUGGAACUCUGGUCCGAGAUCCUCAUGACUGGUGGGGCAGCCUCCGUGAAGCAGCACCAUUCAAGUGCUCAUAACAAAGAUAUUGCUUUAGGGGUAUUUGAUGUGGUGGUGACAGACCCCUCGUGCCCAGCCUCGGUGCUUAAGUGUGCUGAAGCAUUACAGCUGCCUGUGGUGUCACAAGAGUGGGUGAUCCAGUGCCUCAUUGUUGGGGAGAGAAUUGGAUUCAAGCAGCAUCCAAAAUAUAAACACGACUAUGUUUCUCACUAAAGAUAUUUGUUCUUAGCGGUUUUAUUCCCUGCUGUUGUGAAGAUUCUGUUUUAACCAGGUUUUAAAUGUGUUGUGUGUAACUGGAUUCCUUGCAUGGAUCUUGUAUAUAGUUUUAUUUGCUGGACUUUUAUGAUAAAAUAAAUGUUGAAUCUCUUUGGUUGUUGUAGUAACUGGGAUUUCUUCAUCCGUUCCUUUGAGCUUAAUUUAAGAACAAAUAGCAAGACAAACAUAGUAACUUCUCUGAGGUUUUUAAUAGACCUGUUCAUGUUAGGAGGAUAGCUAGCUAAGGAAAAUAAAUAAAAAAUUAGGAGUGAAUUAAAAUUUUCUGUGGCAUUUCAUUAUCAAAAGGUUAUCCUUGGCUGUCUAAAAUAAUGUAUUUCUGAAUAUCUGAUCUUAAAGUAGGUGAGGGCCCAGAUUAAUAGUUGUGCCACAAGUUGAGUGAAAUCAGGUACAGCUCUAGAUUUCCUGAGUUUUUAAAAAAUGUCUCUUUAUAGACCUGAGGAGUGCACUGAAGCUGACCUGUGGGUAUUCCCAACUCUCACAGCUAAUGGGGAAGAGUACUAAUUGUUAUGAAUGGGCAGCAGCCAUAUGCUCGGAUAAACAUGAGAAGCACACGUGGGAAUACUUGGAAAUGUUUUAAAAGCUCUAGCCAGAAGGCCAGUGUAUUUUUGAAAUUGUUGCUGCUGUUGUCACAAUUCCUGGAAGCUAUUCCUUCCCUAACCCUAGCAUUAUCCUCUCAAUCUGUAAAGGGCAGAGAACAACAACUUUUUUUUUUUUAAUAAUAGUAAAUAUUUUAGGCUUUAUGGGAUAUUUGUUGUCAAAACUACUCACCUUGCUGUGGUAGCAUAAAAGCAUCUUAGGCUGUAUGUAAAUGCAUGACUACUGCUGUGUUCCAACAAAAUUUUAUUUAAAGAACCAGGCAGCAGGCUGUAGUUUGCCUGACUCCAGUCUAGAGGCAGCUGGGGGCCAGGGUGGGGGAGGUGUCAUCUUGAGGUGAAAAUAGCCAAGGAAUAAGGGUGUAGUUGUAGGUGGUAAAAGAUGUAGAUAUGAGGACCAGAUUCAGUAGCUACAAACUAAAGUCAGUAUACUGCAUUGUUUUUGAUGUUUGGAGGGGGUUGUUCACAGCUGUGUAUUUGGUUUACACUGAUUGAUGUGAACAUUAAGGGUCACCACUGAUGGUUGGGGCAUAUUAGGAGAACCUCAACUCCUGUGGGUCUACUAAGAUGGAAUAAUUGGGGUGGAUAUUUUCAGUAUUUGAAAUCUUGCAGUUUAACCUCAGUUUUUUGUUUGAUUUGAAAAAAAAAUGCUUUAAAUGUAUUGUCAUUAGCUAGACUUGCCCUUUUCCAGCCUUAAAUAAUAUAAUUAGAAAUUAUUGACAACAUUCUUCAGAUUUACACUUAAUAAUCUGUGUAGUAGGUAUAAAUUACUUGCUGUAAGAAAGGAAGCCUGUUUCCUUUCCUGCUUGAUGGUAACAUCCAGCUUUUUAUUUAUAAACUUUUUUUUUUUAACAUAUGACCCACAAAAUAUUUAAUUUUCUGAUCUGUAUUGUUUAUUCUCUAUCUCCUGCUGUUUGAAGAUUACCUAGGUACAUAGUAGGUGCUCAAUAAAUGACUGUUGCAUAUAAAGCCAUCAGAGGGUCAUGCAGGGGGAAAGUUAAUGUGAAGAGUCUUCUUGGUGGAUGAGUUAAGAACUCACCGAAGGUAUGGCAGACCCCUUCCACAUGGGAAGUAUGGGAGUGAUUUGUCCUCCUGGAUAUUCAGUAGUUGUUUCUAGGAGAAAAGGUAGAGCCCUCUCCCUAGGCUGCAGACGUUGGUGAGUGGCUAGAGAAUGGGAUGUUUUGAACCUUCUUUUACAGAUUUGGGAACAUGGUGUGCUUGACUGUCAUCUCACUUUAUGUGCCAGAAAAUUUCACAUCCCGAAACUACAAGAGAAAAAAAAGAUUCUCAUUAAAUAUCAUGCUUUCCCAACAUUGUCUUCAAAGAAAUAUGAAUCAGGACAACUGCUGAUCUAGCUGUCAUCUUAAUCUGGCUCUUCGGCUAAAAUCUUUUAUAAAGAAGCUGCUUAAUUAUAUUUUAGAAAGAGAGGGGAAGACAGAAGGAAGCUUUAUGCUGCCAAGUACAGUGCACUGAAUCUUACUAUUAGAUUAAGAAAAAGAUUUAACAUUAGAAGCUUUUCAAAAAUGAGGAAGCUAGUGGCCAGCCAGGCAAAUGUACACAGCCAGUUAAUGUCAGAACCGGGAAUUGAAGCCACACUACCUCCCAGCAUAGCAAAGCAUGUUAGGAAAGAACUUAAAACCCACCUCAGUGUUAGGUCUUUUCAUGUUUUCUAUAAUGAUGAUUUUUACUGGAAAAUAUCUUUUUAAAAUUAGUGAAGAUAAACAGACACAUGCCCUUUUCUCUGAGCCUCAGUAUGCUUGCUUAUAUAAUGAGGGUAUUUGGAAUGGAUGAUACCUAAAGUCCCCUUCCAGCUCUGGAAUUCUACAACUCAUUAAAAACAAAACAAACCAAAAAAGCCUAAUGAAUUUCCCAAGGGGUGUUCAACAUCUACCUGCCCAGAGUUCCACCAGCCUGGGUGUAAUAUUUGUUAUAAUCCAGCCGUAACAGUAAUUGAGCCAAAUCUGAGUUGAUCUGAUGAUUCCGAACACUGGAAAGAAUCUUGAAUAGGAGUGAAGACUGGCGGCUAAAGCCCUGCAAAGAGAAGGUCUUGAGCUGUUGUCCCUCUUAAAUUCACCAUAUGUCCAUGUGAGGAAUACAGGGGGUAGGGUGUAGGAGUGUGGGGAAGCACCUCAGAAAAGCCUUGUUUGGAAUUCUACAGAACCACCUGGCCUUCCCACAUUCCCAUUUCUAUUAGCUCCUAAAAUGACUUGACUUCUCAGCCCAAGGCCACAGAACACAUGACUUCCUAUGCAAGUGUUCUCUUAUUCUCAGUAGGAAUUUAGCACUUGGUUUAAAAUGAAUGUAUUCUAUUAUGUACUGGGGUUGUGGAGCGCCUGAGGGUUUUUUGACAGGCAGAUAAAUAUAAUCUCAGUGAAACAGGUGAGAAAAUGAGAACAAAGCCAGUACAAAUUUUGUGGGCUGAACACUAUUCGGGGCUGAAUUAUUUUUGAAUGCUGUGAGGUGGCACAUACUUAUCUGCUUCAAAACCAAUUGAUAGAAAACUUUUAAUCUUUGUAUCUUAUUUCUGUGUACAUGUGCUGGGGAGAUGCUCUGUUGACUCAGAGAGAAAGACCAUGAUUCUCCAUUGGCAAAACGAUCUCUAGUCCUUUGGACAGGGCUGUAUACCUCACACGGCCUAUGCAGACUCACCGUCACAAGAAUACUCAGCUGUGCUGCCCCACGCUCAUCCAGUGGGCCCAGGUUCUGACUGACCAGCGAGCAAAAGCUGUGACAGAGAUCUAGGAUUUCAUUGAGGCAAUGAAACACCUAUCCAAAAAACAGCUGGUGUUAGAAAGAGGAGGAUGCAUCUAUGAAAUUAAAGAUUAGGGAAAAUAUCUCAGAGCUGACUUAUUCCCACUCUCCAACAUCUGACUGCAGGAUAGACAUAGCUUCUUGUAAGUCCUGCCCCUGACAAUGCAACAUGAGUGAAACUAACUCAUCCCUUUUUGGCAAAGAAGCUAUCAUUGUCUUAGUUAGCCCUAACUAAGCCACUUUAGCCACAUUAAACCAGUCAUCAUUCCUGGGUCCCACUGAGUGUGUUCCUGCCUGUGGGCUUUCCUUCCAUGUUGUUCCCUGUGCCUGGGAUCCUCUUUUCCCUUAAAUACCAGUUUAAGUCCUCCCUCUCUCAGUGAAGCAUUCCCUUCCCCAAUUUAGCCUCUAGUGAAUCUCCACUUCCCUCUCUUCUAUAUUUACUAUCUGUACUGUUGACUUGGCAUUUAUUUAGGCCACUGUGUUGUUACUUAUCUUUGUAUAAAUAUAUGUUCUCUCUCUCCAACUAGAUUGUGAGCUCCUUAAGGGCAGAGCCAUGAGUUAUACCUCUCUGUAUCCCUAGUGCCUUGCAUACAGUAAGCACUCAAUAAAUAUUUAAUGAUGACGA